UCAUUCACACGUUGCUCGUACCCCAACAAUCCCUCAUUUCUCUACCUAAGUCUCUUUCUCUCUCCCCGUUUUUUGUCUCUCUCACUCUCUCUCUAUCUGGGAAACUGAAAAGAGCAGUUCCAAAUGCAAGAUCCAGGAUCUACGGUGUCCUUUUGUCUCAGCUUCAAUAGCUACUCCUCUGAUCAACUGGCGUGUAUCGCAGCAAAAGUCGGGGAAGAGGAAGCAAAUAACGGAGCUCCUGUUUCCAGGAACCAAAACGAGAACGAAAGUAGCGGCAGCUAUGGCGACGUCGACGACGAUGAUUUCGAGUUUGUUUUGGUACGCUCAAAUCCCGACGCUUGCACAACAAUCGACGGAGAUCAUGAAGUCGCCUUCCCGGUUUUCCCGCUCUUCGAUCGAGAUCUCCUUUUGAGUUGUGGAAAUGAGUCAAAUAAACAGAGAAGAGAUCGCGAAGAAGUGACAUCGUCCGCUGUUCGAUUACCUUUGAAGAAUCUGUUCAUUGAUGAUCGAGAUCCUCCGUCUUCGUCUUCAUCGGAGGCGGACGAAUUAGACAGAGUCUCACAGGGAACUUUUUGUGUUUGGACACAGCAAAGGUUGUCACCGUCACCGUCACCGUCACCGUCACCUUCUCCUUCGGCUUCGCCUUCGCAGUCAAGGUGCAAAAAGAGCAAUUCCACUGGAUCAUCGUCGAAGCAACGGUGGCGAUUGCGAGAUUUGCUGCAUCUUCGUAGAUGCAGCAGCGACGGCGGCAAGGAAUCUUUGAUAUUUUUGAAUCCAGAUCAUCGUCGUGACAAUAAUAACAAUAAUAAUAUCAAUCUGGGGAGGAAGAAAGAGGAGAAAGUUGAUAAAGGCAAAAUAAUUGCUGCAAAACCAGGCAAGGCCAAAGAGAAAGUAUCGGCACACGAGGUGUUCUAUGUGAGGAACAAGGCCUUGAAGGAAGGAGAUAAGAGAAAAUCAUACUUACCUUACAGGCAAGGACUGGUUGGUUUCUUUGCUAAUCUGAACGGCAUGGGCAGGAAUUUUCCACCAUUCUAAUAAUUCUGUUUAUGGAAUCGGAAGAGUUUGAGCUGAAAGAUUGCUGAAAUUAGGUGAAUUUGUUUUGUUUUAUUAUAAUUUAUUAGUUGUGUAAAUAUUUCCGUUACUAGAUUCUUGAUUUGGCAUUAUUAAUUGAAAGAGAUAUAUGAGACUUUCUUUCCUUUUCUUUGUCUGCUAAAUGAAUAAAGAAUGAGUGAUUAAUUAA